CAUGGGCCAGGUAUCUGCAGGAGGCUGAGAGCUUGAUGCAGAGGCCAAGAAAGCCUCUUCCAAAGGACCUAGUCGACGCUGUAAUAAAAGGCGACCUCGGACAACAUGGCCUGGCUAAGAUCCCAAACAUCCAGAACAGAGUUGUCGUCUUCAUCAGUUCGACCUUCACUGAUACACAGACGGAGAGAAAUAUGCUUAUGAAAGAUGUCUACCCGUACAUGCGAACCCUCUGCCAUAAACUCGGGCUGGACUUUGGAACAGUGGACAUGAGAUGGGGCGUGACAGAGGCAACGGCCGAGUCACAUGGUACAACACAGAUGUGUCUCAAUGAAGUGGAAAGGUGUAAGAAGGAGAGUGCCGGACCUGCGUUUCUAGCCAUUGUCGGAGACAAGUAUGGAUUCCGUCCAUUUCCGGCAACAAUACCGAAGAAUCACCUUGACGCCAUGAUGGAAUUUCUCAAAGAAGAUGGCGACGAUGUGGCCAUUUUGGAAGAGCAGUUUCAACUCGAUACCAAUCAGAAACCAGCGCAUUAUGUGCUGAAACCUAAAGAAUCGAAUUCGAAGGAAUACUGGGCAAAGUUUGAAACGAUAACGGCGUUGCUGCGCAAGGGCAGUGAGGCACUGGAACUCGAGUUGAGGUCAGACUAUUAUGUUUCAGUGACAGAAGCGGAAAUCAAACAUGGCGUCCUUGGCAACGAGGACGAAGAUCGCCAGGUGAUCUGCACACAGCGACAUCUAGCGGGCAUUGAAUCUGCCUUUCACAAGCACCGCAGAUUAAUCGAUUUAGAUGCCAGUGAAAACAUUGAUGAGAAAGCACAAGAAUAUUUGAAAGCUCUGAAGGACAUCAAAAUUCGAGGCCACAUGGGAGACAGGGCGGCUAUCUUGGAAUACGACGGUGACCUUGACAAGGUCAAAGUUUGCAUUAGGUCUUUCUGUGAUCAAAUUUGUGAGAAACUAACUCGUGGUGUCUUGGAUAAUUACAAAGAAAACAUGCAUAAGGAGACGAACUCCUUGUUUGGAGACAUUCUACAGCACAGGUCUCUGGCACUUGACAAGAGCUCCAUCUUCGUUGGUAGGAACGACCUUCUGGAUGACAUCGCGGGCUACAUCAAGGCGAAGGAAAGACGCUGUAUGCUAGUUCUCCAUGGCCAGUCUGGGUGCGGGAAGACCGCGAUCAUGGCUGUUGCAGCCCAGAGGGCAAAGGCCUGGGAUGAAGACGCAGUGACCGUGGUCCGUUUUAUUGGGACGACCGGACUUACGUCUUCAGCCAGACAAGUCCUUGCCAGCAUAUGCUCCCAGGUCACCAGAGCUUACGGGAAGGAUGUGAGCACGGUGCCAACUAGUUACAAAGACCUCAUAAAGUUCCUCCCUCAGUGUCUGUCAUACGCAAGAUCAGAUGUCCCCCUGUUCCUGUUUUUAGACUCUCUAGAUCAAUUAUCUGAUGAAGAUUUUGGCAAGAAUCUGAAAUGGUUGUCGUCAUUGAAAGAUGAACUUCCCGAACAUGUAAAACUCGUUUUGUCAACUCUACCUGGCAAAUGCAAGGAAGUCUUAGACAGAUUUCUUCCACCUGAAUACUUCGUACACGUGAAAGAGUUGAAAGUCCAAGACGGACCUGAAAUCUUACGGUUGAUGCUUGAAAGAGAAGGUCGGACUUUAACCCAGGGGCAAGAAGGGGUCAUAAUCGGCGCAUUCAAGCAAUGUCCGCUACCACUGUACAUGAGGUUAGCGGCCGAUAUGGCGCAGAGAUGGCAUUGUUACGACGCUGUUUCCGAUGAUGACCUUGCUCCGACUGUGCAAGGUUUGAUAGACAAGCUUUUUGAGAGGUUGGAAAGGACCUACGGGAAGCAAUUUGUUCACCGGGCUCUGGCUUAUAUCACGGCAGCGAAGAAUGGUUUGGCACAGACUGAACUUGAGGAUAUCCUGUCGUGUGAUGACGUCACUCUUGAUGAGGUGUUCGCCCAUUGGACACCGCCAGUCAGGCGCAUACCACAGCUUCUCUGGAUCAGGAUUAGGAACGAACUCGGAAUUUACUUGUCAGAGAAAGGAGCAGAUGGGGCCACGGUUUACAGUUGGUACCAUCGACAAUUCUGGGAGGCGGCAGAAAGGCGCUUCCUCGAUCACUCACCAGAUAGCGCUGGUUCAUUUCGAAUGGACGCCCAUCUUGCCAUUGCUGAUUAUUUCAGUGCAACAUGGCUGGAUGGGAAGAUGCACCAUCCGACUAAACCACGAAAAGGGACAGACGACAUGUCACCUAGACUGGAGCCGAGACAGGUUCCUCGGCAACCGUUUGUUUACACGGGUGACCGCCAGGGUUGCAGGCAAUUGAACCGAAGGAAACUAAGAGAACUUCCGUACCAUCUGGUAAAGAUGCAAGAUUGGGAGCGCUUUGAGAGCGAAUUGUUAGAACUUGAGUUCAUCGAGGCGAAGAACCCGAUGCUAUCUACCAAAUCGCCUCCCAACAAAACAGACGAAACACCAUACGGAAAAUAUUUGAGCGCCAUCUUGAAUCGAAUACGUUGCCACGCCCCCUACUACGGGAAACUGUAG